AACCAUACUAAGACGACGACUGCUAUAUAACUAAGAGAAUGAAUACGCUAUAAACAUCUAUUCAAACCAAAUAUAUGAAUACAUUUGAUCAGAAAAAUGAGAUUGUUGAUUGUUAAUCCCAAAGUGUAAUGUAUCUUAUUGUAAACUUAACAAUUCUCAUAUUCUAUAAUUUAAGCAAAACAAGCCGAUAAUUCCAUUAAAAUUUCUCAGACAAUGCAUAAUACUUCUAAAAGUAAACCUGAGUGAAGAAAUUAGAGUUCAGAAUCUUCUGAGAACACAAAAGUCUAAUCCUAAACCCUCACUACCACAUCAAGCCCUGGACUUUCGACGAAGACGCUUCCUGAGCUUCUUAUACUUGUGUUUGUUCAUCUUCUUCUUCCUCUUCUUCUUAACACUGUCUGCCCAAAUCGUCCGUGCAUCAUCAGAUUCGACCUCAACAGCCUCAAAAGCACCCAACUGCUCGAACCCAGUUGAGGACAUUGGAUUCAUGCAAUACCCAAAUGGAAAAUUGGGGAAAAUGGGAAAGGAGUUGGAAGUUUCAACAUUGUGAAAGCUUGAAGGACCCAAAUGGGGAACUGAGUUUUCUGAGCACUCGGGUUUGGGAUGGCCGAGAUGGCUGUGAUGGGAAAUGACAGAAGGUGUGGGCUUGGGAAAAAGAUGGGUUUUGAGUGAUGUUACUGUUCGUAGGGAUGGUGUAUUUUUGUUGAGUUUGUGAAGAAAGCUGGCCAUUUGGGGGCAGAGAGAAGUAUUGAAAUCGAUGAAGAAGAAGUUACAGUGUUACAGAGUAACUCACUCCUUGGAGUUUGCUUAUGCCGAAAAGGGUUUCAUUUCGAAGAGGAGAAUGGCGAUGUUGGCUGUGAAUCGCUACAAGAAGAGAGAGACGACGACGUCGUUUCGCUAAUAGACUUUGUAAACGACAGCAGUGUGAGUAAAACGACACUGUCUUCUUCAAGAUAAAAAGAGCGCCAGCAACUCAUACAAAAAGAAAAAAAAGAAAAAAAAGAAAAAAGGGCGUCUGAAUCUCUCACUCGUCUCUCCCAUGGAGGAAAAUACUUUCGAACCUGAUCUUGUUCAUGCCAUUUUCAAGCUCGUCUGGUCCAGUAGAGCUCUCGAGCGUCAAAUGAUUGAAGGCACCGAUGCUUUGGACUGCGAGGUAGGAGCUGGAACAUCUAAGAAAAAUCGCCCCACAUCAGCUAAUGGGAAUGCCGUAAAACUGAGUUGUGAACUUCUCCGUAACUUUGUCAUAGAGGCUGUGCAGCGCGCUGCUACAAUUGCUGAAGCAGAGGGUGUGAGUAAGAUUGAAGCAACUCACUUGGAGCGGGUUCUCCCACAAUUGCUUUUGGAUUUUUGAGGUUUCAAAACUUGCCCGACUUGGAAGCAUCUACAAUAAGAAUGUUUCUUAGGAACCACAUCUUGUAUGAGACUGUUGUUUCACUAAUACGGGCUCACUUUGUCAUUUUUAAGCUAGAGUACUCCCUUCUAUUUCUGUUGAAAAUCUUGAGAAAUGGGAGUUGCAAGGUUUACGGCGUAUACGAGCAGGCCAUUUUGUUUUCUUUUCCUUUCUGUUAUAUAUGAGUAAACCGAAUUCGAUAUGUAGAUUUGCUAAUGACUCACUCUUGAUUGAAUGUAUACAUUCUUCCUUAUCUAUACCCACAGGCUAUAAUUACAUAGAUGAUUAUUGU